AAAACGUCAUAAGGAAUCCCUUAAAUUGCGUGAGGGGAAAUCGGCACUCAGAACCUGUCUUGAUUCUCUAUCUUAUUUCCAAUGUUUAAUGAUUCAACAAAUAGCCCCCGGUAUAAAAAAUGGCUGGUGUAUUUGACUUAGAACUCGCUGAAGAUAACGGACUAGCCGAGGAACUAUCGGACGAUGAAUACUUUGAAACUGAUGAUAUCAGUGGGCGCCAACAGGUUAGUCUGUCGAAACAGAAUUGACGUGUAGUGUGUGGGUUCGGAAGUAGCAUAGUGCACAGCAUAAGGGUUGUCGGGCAGCUUUUGUAACUCCAUUGUGGACCAAGUCAUUAUUUCACACCUUUUAAUUUCCUUCCAUCACUAUUAAUUAUACAAUUUUUAGAUCUUACAAUUACCGAAAAAAAAAUCAAAGUAUUCUUUCGUUCUGUUUGUUUUUGUCCCUGGCCUUGUGACUAAGUGAGUGACUCAGUGCCUGAAAAAAAUGUUUUUAUGCUAAGGCUAAGUUAUGAAAUUAUUGAAAUAGCCACUGUACGUCUGAACUCAUAAUGGUCUGAGUUAGUCCAUAGUCAUACUCAUAUCCAUAUGUGUAGGAAAGCCAUGAAAUAGGCAUAUGACCUACUGAUCAUAGACCUAAUUUGAAUAUUAAUUAGGCACACUACUAAUAUUAAAUAAUAAGGCCCCAAUUAAUCCCAUGUAGAAUUUUAAAUUGAAUUGUAUUUAAAUUUAAAUUUAUUUAUAGUAAAUUGCCAGAUAGUCCCCCCAAUUUAUUUUUAGGUCACUUGGUAUCAGGUUGUAGUUGUAGGCAUCAUCAUUUUAAUAAUUUUUGAAUCAUAAUGAAUAAUUGAAUAAUGAUCAUAAUCAUAUAUUUGGUAAAUGUCUAUUCGGCAUGCAACUCAUUUAUCACAACAGCCAUUUGAUUGCCAUGAUGGCAAAUGUGUUGUGGCAACCAAGCUGGCGGCAGUGUAGAAGAAAAAGUAGUUAAAAAUGGGUAGGAGAAAAAGGGAGAAUAUACUAUUUUAUCUACCUACCAAGAGAAAUGAAAGUUAGAAACAAAACAUUAAAAUGACAUGAAAUAAUUUUUUUUGAGAAAUACUAAAAUCUACCUAUCUGCCCCCCUAAAUUUAGUACCCCCUAACUUUAUACUUAAGUGUAAAGUGUAAAUGAAAUGUAACCCUAAAUUAAGCUCAUUCUAAUAUGCCGGAAAAAAAUUAGCCUUCUUUUAUCUUAUAACCACUUCAUUACCACAGGGUUUUGGGCAUUGAUUUUUGCUGACUCAGCAACAAAAAACUUACAAGAUUAAAUUUUUCGUAUAUUUCAUUCUCCAUCUGAUUCGCUUUUUAACUUCUCUAUAGAUUAACGAAUAAGGAAACAUAUAGCAUUGAAAUUUGACGUCGAUGUGACGUCCUUGGUAUUUCAGAAAAGUUCUUACAUUUUUUUAUGAUGACAAUGUGACGUCCUUGAUAAUUGAAAGUGGAUGAUCGUGACGUCGCAUCGGUGUCAUCGAUAAUGAAGUGGUUAAACAUUAUAAUUAUAAUUAAACACACAAUGAAAUAUUCAUUUAAAACAUUCCACCAGCUUAUAAAUAUUUAUAAAAAGAGUUAUAACAUACUCUUUCUUUUAUACGACUUUUAGUUUUUAACAUUUUAUAUGGAAUAUAUUUAUAAGCUUAUGAAGCUAAACAUUGAUAGAUCUUUUUGGAUAACAGUUUGCAUAGCUCAGAGAAUGCUUCUGUGUUUAGCAAAUGGAAGCUCACUCCCCAAACAUGAUAGAUGGCAAGGCAUGGAGUAAAUGCUUAAAAUUACAGUGUACCAUGUAAUCCAAAUUCACCAUAUUGGCCAUAUCUAUAAUAAGCCUAUCAUAGGUUAUUAUUUGGCCUUGGGACAACUGUGAUAAUAUGUCUGCAAUUUAUUAUUUUAUUCUUACAGGAAUAUGGAGGGGAUGGAUUGCCAAAGUAAGUAUCCUCUAAUUUUUAAUAUGUCCAAAUUAAUUGUAGUUGACAUACUAUACUUAAUAUACUCAUCUAUAUGCCUAUUGGCCUGACUAGCUGUUUUAUUAACUAAAUAGGGCUGUAAGUGUAACCAGCGUAGGCAUUAGCCCUUCCCAAGAUUAUGUGUCGCUGAAUUAAUUCCUAGUAGUUGCUAGCAUUAGGCUUAGUCAUUCUGAAUUAAAAAUUGAGUCAAAUAGCCCUUUAAAAUUAAUCCUUUUGUCUCCUUAGCUUAAUUUUUUUGCCUUAAAAAUCGAUGAGUACAACUGUAAGGUUUGUUUGUUUUACAAGUGAGGAAAUCAUGGAAACUCUCGAGCUGUCAGCUCAAACAGUGAAUCCAAGUAAUGUUCGCAAGAUUGGCAGAGAAAGCUUUGAGAUUGUUAGUCUCCUUGGAAAAGGUGGAUAUGGCAAGGUGGGACUUUUAACUGAAUUAAACUUUGUUUUUAAUUCCUUAUAAAAACCAUAAAUUGAUAAAUCAAAAGUGAAAUCUUCUUAUCCAUAACAUAGCUUUUUUUUUUUUUUUUUUACUUUUUUACCAAUCUGCCUGCUCUAAAUUGUCAUUUUCUUUUUGCUAUAAUUCGUAGAGAGAGAGAAAGAGAAAAAAAUCAUUUAUGCAGUGUAUCGUUGAUGUUUUAAAAAUUAUUUUAGGUCCUGUUGGCAGAGAUGCUUGAUGAAAACAGGAAGAAGUAUGACCCUCCGCGACUUUAUGCAAUGAAAGUCUUGAAGAAGGUAUUACUUAACAAAUCUUAUCAGUCUACACAACUUACCCAAAGCAUUCCAAAAUAUUUUCUAAUCUCACAUUUUUUAUUUAUUUUUGUGUUCAUUUUUUUAAUAUGCAGAGAUAGGCAUCUUAAUUUUAUGUCGUUGUUUUAUUCCUAAUACGUUAAGGGAUAUUGUAAUUUAAAGUAUUGUCGUAUGUCUAUACUGCAUCAUGUAUCUUAAUUGUCAUAUGUUAUCCCUUCUUGCCAAUUUGUUCAUACUCUUUAUUCAGGCUACCAUUGCAAGAAAUCAAAAAGACACAGCUCACACUCGUGCUGAACGUAACAUCUUAGAGGCCGUGAAGGUGAGUUGGACUGCUGUCACAUAUAAUAUUACAUAGACAAGGGAGAUUUACUCAUGAUUUUAAAACUAUAAUACCAUAUUGAAAAUAAAUUUAUUACUUAACAAGAGGAACGUUUCACCGAGUAGUGCCCAUUAUGAUAUUACUUUCAGUGCCAAGCAAUGAGAAAUAACCCCCAUUUCAACCAUAAAUUGCUGACUUUAACAUUUUUAUUCAAAACCAACCUUCCAUCCAGUCAUAAAAACAUUUGACUGGUAAUGGUAGAGAAAAGAUGAAAUUUAAAUAACAAUCUGUCAACAUUAUCACCGGUUGCACCUAAAGUUCUUCAAUGUCCAGUAAUUUCUUUUGAUUAGGCCCGUCAACUUUGUCUACAACUUCUGACCCAUCUGGUAUAUCAUAAUGUUGAAAUAAGUAAAUUUCAAAAUCAUCGUCGACCGCUAACAGCCGACAAAAUUUUGAAAUAAGUCAAUUUCAAAAUCAUUGUUGACCAUUAACAGCUGACAUGCUUGCAGUUUUGAAGCAAUCUAGAAGGGAAAACAUUAGAUCUACUGUCAACAAAUCACUAUAAACUCAUAAUUAGCGUAACAUCAAGCGCACAGCCACCAAAUCCCAACAAAACAAGAACUUGACACUUCCUAUUUUUAAAUAGGCUCUUUAAUAAGCUGUCAACAAAUCACUAUAAACUCAUAAUUAGCGUAACAUCAAGCGCACAGCCACCAAAUCCCAACAAAACAAGAACUUGACACUUCCUAUUUUUAAAUAGGCUCUUUAACUCAUUCCCGACGGUUGCGACUAAAUGCGUCCUCGGGGGAUUCCUACUGAUGCGUCCCGGCGCAUAGCGACACACCUCUCUUAUUUUUAGUUACAAAUAGCAAUGAAAUCUCGCACCCCUCGAGACUUCCGGCUGUGGCGUGAUUUCUGCGUGAUUUUAAUUUAGAAACCGGAAGUUUUUAUCUUGUUUCACUUUAAAACUACGUGUGCUUUAGUACGGCGCGUCUAUAUGUACCACGUGUUCGUCCGAGGUGCCGAAAAUCGAUUUUUUUGGCCAUUGUUCGUUAUUUUUCCCCCGCUAAUGUUAUAUUUAUAUUAAACCUUAUUCAUUUUUUGUUGCAUUUGUUCUUAAUUCAUUAACAUUAAAUAAUAUUUAGCAACUUAAAAAAAUAUUUUAAAAAUAUAAAUCAAUUUCAAAACUGAGUUGCUUCCCUUUUCUCAGGAAAAUAAAAUAAGUCCGGAAGCAGCGCUGCCGGAGGGAAUGAGUUAAUAAGCUGUAUUUUCAGAGUGUGUUUGAAAUUUCUGACGUACAUAAUUAAUUGUGUAAAUAUCUUUUUCCUUUGCCCACGAUGUUUAUUAAAUGCAUAUUUUUUUGUGUGUAUGGUCCACAGCAUCCAUUCAUUGUAGAUCUGCAUUAUGCUUUCCAGACGGAUGGAAAGCUGUAUCUAAUUUUGGAAUACCUCCCUGGAGGAGAGCUCUUUACACAUUUGGAGAGGGAGGGAAUUUUCAUGGAGGAUAUGGCCAGGUAUUAGCAUGGUUACAGCCACAAAUAGAUUCAAAACAAUUUUUGAAUGGGGGAUCAAGAGAACUGAAAAGACCCUAAAACAUCAUGGUGUAAACAAGAAAAAAAAAUGGAUAAAAGAUUGACAUGACUGGGAAGACCCUAAAACAUCACAGUGUAGAGAGCUAGACAGGGUUAUGUUUUUAAAAAAAAAGUGUUGGAUAAGUUAGCAAGAGGCUUGGAAAGAUAUCGUUAAUGGUCUGUGGUAGGUGAAAAGGCAAAGAAGAAGUAAGUGGCCCUGUUAUGCUAAGGUUGUGUCUCUUUCUCAUAACCAAGUGGUAUUUGGUUCAAAUUUGUCCAGCAUUGUCCCCACCUAAUGUGUACAAUGAUGAUGAACAGUAAACACUGAACAGCCCCAAACACUAUACUCUGACCUGACUCAACAGCCCAACUAGACAGCUGCUCUUGUGGAGGUGGGAAACCAUGAGUUUAAUAUAAACAAAAACCUUAACCACUAAACAUAUAAACUAAACUGGUUAGGGACUAAAAAAAAAGUUUAGGAAAAAUGUGGGUCUGCUUUAUUCCCAAAACACAGGAAGUUAGCUGUUAAAAAUAACAAUGUUCAAAUUAACCUUACCAUGUAUGAUUGCACAAAUGUAAUUGUAAUUCUGUGGUGUUUAAUGUUAUUUUUUUAUGGGUUUUGAUUGGUUUGAUAUUAAGAAAAUCAUUUUUCUUUUUAAUUGUUUAGUAAAAUUAUUGUCAUUAGGCAACGUGUUUGUGUCAUUUCAAAUGUUAUGUUAUUCUCAGCUUCUAUCUUGGAGAAAUCUUGCUUGCCAUUGAACAUCUUCAUUCCUUGGGAGUAAUCUACAGAGAUCUGAAACCAGAAAAUGUUCUGUUGGAUUCUAAAGGUAAUACCUGGGGUUUUUUUGGUUUUUUAAAAAAUACUUUUUUAAGAAAUUGGUAUUUACUGGCCCAUCCGUUGUUGUCCUGUUUUCAUAACUGAUGGCUUGGCUUCAGCCAUCAUUAAUACAUUGUUUUCAAACGACAAUCGAUAUGUUCCAGGCCACAUAAAGCUGACAGAUUUUGGUUUGUGCAAGGAGAGUAUCUCACUUGGGGACAUAACUCAUACAUUCUGUGGGACCAUAGAGUAUAUGUAAGUAUCAUUUGUUACUCAUCUUUUCCCCUCCAUCUUUGUGUUUACAUAUCUCAAACACUUCAAAUACAGGAUGGUGGUAAUGUUGAAAAUAUCACUGUACAACACUUUUUUAAAAAAAUUGGGGGGGGGGGGGGCUUUAACCAACGAACGUGGGUCUUCCAAAAAAUCAGCCGACAUUCUCUUUCUGGUCUGUAGCGGCCCAAAAAAACGGCUGAUAAAAAAUAUGUCCGAAAAACACUUCAAAACCAAUAAUGUUGAAAAUAUCACUGUACAACACUUUUUUAAAAAAAUUGGGGGGGGGGGGGGCUUUAACCAACGAACUGUGGUCUGCGAAAAAAUCAGCCGACAUUCUCGUUCUGUACUGUAGCGGCCCAAAAAAUCGGCUGAUAAAAAAUAGGUCCGAUAGACACUUCCAAACCAAUAUUUAACCGGAAUUAUAGCCACUUCCUUUUAUUAAUAAUUAAAUCAUCUUCCGGUUCAAGCUGUUUCUUGAUAAUUUAAAAAUAAUUACUUUUUAAUCAGAGUUUUAUAUUGCUAUUUUUUUUUAAAGCUAAAAUGGUUGAAGCUAUUGCUGGGCCUUCCGUGCAAGAACUAAUAGAAAUAUAUUUGAAAGCUUUUUAGGAGAGGUUUUAAGUGAUAUUGAUGAUGAUUUUAACAUUCCUCAUGACGAUAUCAGUUGAGAUUAUUCUUCUCGUGAAUUUUAUACUAGUCUUAGGGAUACUGAAGUAGGCCUACUGAGGCUACUGUUAGACUUCCAGCAAGGCCCGGAGGUUGGGCAAGGACUGACUGAAUUUUAAUCACAGAAGCUACAGAUUAUAGUUCAGAACUAAUAAAUUUUAAAGUUAAACAACCCAAAUCAGUUCCAAAGUUCCUUUUUAAAUGUUUGCAAGUCAAUAAUAACUAUUUUGCCUGAGAUUUUGUACUUGGUUUUAGCAGUGGUCCCAGUUUCUUAUAUAAAUGACCUAAAAUUACUAAAAUUGCUUUCAGAGGUUUAAUUGCAAAACUUUAGCAAACUAUACAUUUUCUGAAAGAUAAAUGAAUUGGCUACAACUACAACAUUUAGAUUUGCGUUUUAAGUGUAUCUAUAAAACUUAAUGAUGUUAUGAGCACUUGAAAGCAAGACAUUUUGUUGAUUUUUUUUUUUUUUUUGAGAACUCCAAGGUCAAGGACACUGAUCAAAUUUUUUUUACGGGGUGGGGAAUAUGGCCAACUUUAUCCCCAUCCAUUUGCUUUUCUAAAAAUAUAUACUUUUAGGGGUCUUGUAUCAAUAUUUCUAUGUCAUUUAUCGCAAUUUCAAAUGGCACUCAAAACCCUCUGAAAAGCUCCACACCACAGAAUGAUGCAUGCCACAGUUCGUGGGUUAAAAAAAGAGCAUCAUACAUUUUUUUUAGUUGUUAAGAAUAUUUAUAGCUUCAUGUAACUGAAAUGCAUUUGCUUUUUUCUGAGGUCAUUCUCUGCAGGAUAUAUACACAUUUUAGUAAAUUUAUGCAUUGUGUGUUUUCUUUUCAAUAGGGCCCCUGAAAUAGUCCAGAGGUCAGGUCAUGGUAAAGCUGUUGAUUGGUGGAGUCUUGGUGCCCUUAUGUAUGACAUGCUCACAGGACAGGUAUGUGUGGCUCUGGCAGGAGGCUGAACUUCCUUUUUAUCUAAUACUUCAUUUAUAUCCCAUGCGUGGAUUUAAUCAUACAGAUGGAUAUUAUCAGUAAAGGAUAUUUAUCAAGUAUAUAUAUAUAUAUAUAUAUAUAUAUAUAUAUAUAUAUAUAUAUAUAUAUAANUAUAUAUAUUGUAAUAACAUUAAUACACAGGCAUUAAUUAGUAUUAUUUUUAAACCAUGAAAUUAUGUAUUGAAACAUAUUUAUAUAUUGUUCAUUUUGCCCCUAGCCACCUUUCUCGGGAGAAAAUCGGAAGAAAACGAUUGACAAAGUAGGUUAUAAGUUGAUGCAUGAAUGUCAUGCUUUGUUUGUUUUUGUUUUUUUUUUUACUUAAAUUGGAUUUGAUUUUUAUGCGUUUGGACAAAAACUGUGAUUUUGGAAUAGUAUUUUAGGCACUGGAGUAGGGACCAUAUCAUAUUCCUUUUCUGUAGCUUACAUUUUAAAAUAUUUUAUUUUAAUUGUUUACAAUGUUAUUAUAAGUGUUUAACUACAUUACAUAAAGUAACUCUUUAUCUAUCAGUGGUGUUUCUGAAAUCCUUAGUGUAAUGACUUUACAGCAUCAGUUCUGAAUAAGUGUGGGGCAAUAGAAUCUGAUUUCUGGUGAGGGUAGUGGAACCUACAUUCUGAGUAUGCCUAAAUGAAUAGUUCAGAUACGCCAGGGGGGUGUCACAGCGGUUUGGAUUGUUAGAAGGUAGGGUAGUGACUUAUCAUGUUGGGGACACCCGAGCUGUACUUGAACCACCUUCUUAACUGAACUGUGAUAAAUAUUUUAUGAACUUGUGGAUGCUAGUAUUUAAUUAUGUAGCAUUAUACUGUAAUUAAUGAUUAAUGUUGUUAACUAGCAUUACUAAUGACUAGGUAUUGAAUCAUUAUUUGAAUUACCAUUAUUGGUUUUCAAUACCAUAUUAAUAAACCUAGUCUGGGGUUAGUAAUGAAUAAACCCCCAUUGGCUAAUGUUUCAUGAUUUUUAAAAUUAAUUUCAGAUCUUGAGGGCCAAGCUCAGUCUUCCACCCUAUUUAACAAAUGAAGCCCGUGGCCUUUUGAAGAAGGUGAAUACCUUGAUAAAUUUUAUUGUAUUUUACAUUGUAGAUUAGAUCAAGGGUGGUCAUAUACCAUAUCAGGAAAUUUAAUUGAACGGAAGUUAGCUCAACAUGUAAUUUGUUAAGUAUUUAUUCACAUAUUCAUUUUUUUAAAAAAAAUUUUAAGGGAUGUUACGAAAUGGGGGAAAUAUAAACUUGUAUAUAAAUUCCCCCCUCCCCCAUUUCAUUUUUGAACAAACAGCGGUUUGAACUAUUUCUUUCGUACAAAUUUCUGGAAACCCUCUGGUUGUCCAAUUAUCAAAUCUAUUUAUAUGAAUGAAAGAAAAAAAAAUUGAUGGUAUCUGAGAAAAAUGUUUACUCCCAAAUUAGAUCAAAUAAGAUCAUUUUAUUAUUGAACUAUGGUAAAUAUUGGUAUCCUACAGAUUAUAUUCUCUUAUAUUACCUUUGUUUAAAAAAAAGAGAUGCAGGUUUUUAAUUAUUUAUUAACACAAUAAAUCCCUAGUGGUUGGAAGAAAAAUAAUCAUUAGCCAAGAGUUGCUAGUUAGUAGAGGGACUAUUGUACGAUACGAAAUUUAUUUAAACACUGCAUGAAUUGUCAUUCCUGUUGCCUACAGCUGUUGAAGAAAAAUCCAUCAGAGCGUCUUGGUAGUGGCCCUGAUGAUGCUGUGCCUAUUAAGGUAAGCCGGAUUCAUUGUUACUGCCAGUUGUUAACUUGCUGGCUAAAGCUGUUAACAAUAGGUACCGGGUACUGCCUUUUAAACAUGGCUCCUGUCAUCAAGUUUUUUGUUUUUGUUUUUUUUUAUCUUGUGUCAACUCCUUUGAAGAAUCAAAUUUUGUUAGCAUUAGUUUACUUUUGGUAGUUCCUUCACAGAUAAAGUUUCAAAUAAUUUUAAUUUUCUUCCUACCAGAGUCAUGCCUUCUUUAGGCACACAAAUUGGAAUGAUCUGCUGAGCAAGAGGAUAGAACCUCCCAUUAAGAUAGGAGUGGUAUGUAUGAUAAUCACUUAUUUUUAUAUUAUUUCACAGAAACUUAGUGCUGAGAGCCCUGAUCUUGUAUAAUUAAAUCUUGCUGUGCAUGAUUUAAAAAAAAAAAAAAAAAAUUUAAUCAAUCACAUAUAAUCUGUUUGCUGGAUCCUUAAAAAGAAAGCAAAAGAUUAAAUAUUCAAAUCACUCAAAACAUUAAAUCAUUUAUAAUUUAAGAAAAUGGCAUGGAUUGCUCAUAUUCACCAGAGGUCGUGUUUUUGUGUGUUAAAAGCAACAAGGGAAUGUGUGUCUAUAGCCACAAUGUAUUGUGUAUUUAUAGCCACAAUGUAUUGUAAGUUUAUAGUAUAGCAACCAGGGAUUGUUUAUUUAUAUCGACAAGGGACUGUGAAUUCAUAGCAACAAGGGAUUGUGUAUUUAUAGCAAUGAGACCUUAAAUUGAACUGUUGCUAAUACUGCUUUUAUUAGCAUUAUUACCUGUAACAGGGUACUUGAGGCAUUGUUUUUGUACUCCUCCACAGACCAGUGCAUACGACGUCAGCCUUUUCGACACCAAAUUCACCAAACAAACUCCAUGCGACUCCCCCGUAGAUAUGUCCGUCUUCAGUCCCAGUAUAAAUAUAUUUGAGGUGAGUUUUAAAUGACGCUUUACUUGCUCCAUUCCUCGAAAGACGUACACAUUACAAAUCGGAUAAACAAAAAUUGUUAAGUUAAUAAGCCGGACCUGAUGGCAAUGCUAAUGGUCUCUUUCAUAUUGUUCCCAGGGGUUCACGUAUGUUGCUCCAUCUGUUCUUGCUGAUAUGGCGACCCAGCCAUGGAUCUCUGAAAGAGGUCCUAGGUCACCUCGUAAAAGCUACAAGGGAGAAAGGUUUGUUCAAGAUUAUUAUGUUGCAUUUAAUUUUUUUUUCAAAGACUUCAAAUGGUAUUUAAAAUUAAAUUUGUUUUGGACUAAAUUACUGUGGUUUUCAACCUUCCUGAUGUCUGUACCCUUAAAUACAGUUCCUCGUGUUGGGGUAACCCCCAACCAUAAAAUUAUUUUUUGUUGUUACUUCAUAAAUAUAUGUUUUCCGAUGUUCUUAGCCGACCAUUGUGUAAUGGUAGUUCAACCCCCCUAAGGGAUCGCGACCCACAGGUUGAGAACUGCUGGACUAAAGUAUUAGGUUAUUGCAUUGUGAUCUGCUGCUGUCAAUGUAAAAAGCUAAAAUUGGUGCAGCUAUUCCAAGAAUAUUGUUUAAAUUAAGUACAUUUAACUGUUGCCAAUGUUGUUGGUAUUGUAUUUGUUGGCGUAUACACAUAAAGAUGUAAACUCCUAAUUUUUAGCCUGCAUAUUUUUGGUGUAGUUUGAAGGGGAAAAAUUGCACUGUAUUUAAAAGAAUGCUAAAUGUGUCCUGUUUACUUUACCAAAUUGCCUGACUUCACUAAUUUCAGCUACAUGUUGAAUAAUGGACUGGAAGGAUUCUACCAGGCUAAUGCAGCUGCUGCCCAUGAUAUCGCAGCACAGAGAGGCCGAGGAGCUCAGCCCUGCCAUGCACCCACAACAGUUGUGGCCUCAUCGCGCGCAGUCAACGGCUACGACAUGGAGGACAUGGACACCACAGGUGGCGCCCCGGCCGCGACGUCCGCCAUACCCACACAACACCACAGGUCUAACGCUACUACUUCUGCUAUUUUACCCAUUGCCAACCCCCAAAGACAGCAACAAAGGCGCCGAGCCUAUCCAGGAACACAAAACCGUCCCUCACACUUACAGCGCCUUGUAUGAUAAUGUAGCUUUAGGAAUUUUAAGAAUUUUUUUUUUCUCUUGUAAAUUCCCUUUUUGUCAAAUAUAUCAAUAUUUAAUUUCUAUUGGAUGCCACUUCGCAUGUUUAUAUGACUUAGAUACAGAUUAUAUUUAUAUUGGUUUCAUUCCUUAGCCUAAAGAUUUCAUUUGAUAAGGCUUGUA